GAAAAGUGAAGAAGAGCUGCAGUACGUCCGCGCGCGAACGCAGCAUCCUCCAAAGGGCCGGAAACGCCUUGGGAAGAUCGGCAAUUUCGAGCUGGUGCGACAUCCAACCUACAUGGACAUCAAAUGGAUCAACUCUCCCAGGGAGUCGCAAUGCAGUGCCAUUGCCAGUUUGGUUACAGGCAUUGGCGCCACGCGUCUCUCACAGCUGGAGCUGAAUCAGCCUCUGGGCUUGCCUCUUACGGAUUUGCAGCCAGAAGAGGCGUCCACGGUGUCCGCAUGUCCGUCUUCGGCACCCCCGGAGAUGCUGAAGUACCAGAACCAUUCCUCAGAUUGGAUGAGGAGAUUGGAAGGUCAAGCGCUGUAUGGAGCAGGUCUCGGAGCUGCACCCACCGUGGAGUCACUGGGUCGUUCCCUUCAGGUGCUCAAGACCAGGCGGCCUGAUGGAAAGAAACCGACGCACGGCGGAUGA